ACAAUAAUUGUUUAGCUUUAGACAGCAGAGUGGAAAUUUCACUGGACUUGCUAGAGAUUUCGAUUUUUCCUAACAAUCGUUUCGUAAAGCGACGAUUUCGAUUGUCAUAUUACUUGUAACAAAAUAAAAAUAUUACCAAUCUUUAUUCUGAGUUGAUAUUUUAUUGGAGAAUCGAAAAGUGGUUUUAAAAUGUCCCUGUUUGGAUCUUUGAUGGGCGACGUGGAGGAUGAUCCGUUUUUUGGAUCGCACAUGAGACAUAUGCGCCAAAUGAACAAUAUGAUGAACUCGAUGUUUGCGGAUCCCUUCGGCAUGCUGAGAGACGGCCCGCUCGCCUUAACAGGGUCACGUCAUGGCAGCUCCAUGAUGCCCUUCAUGCCACAGAUGCCAUCCUUGAAUAGACUUUUCACAGCUGACCUCACUGACGGGCACAUGAGUGCAGGCAGCUCUUUCUCUAGCAGCACAGUUGUAAUGUCCAGUGGUCCCAGUGGAAGCCCACAGGUAUUUAGUUCUUCGAGCAGCAUGAAGAUUGGUCCAAAUGGCGUCAAGGAGACACGUAAAACACUGCAAGACUCCCGUACCGGCUUGAAGAAAAUGUCCAUUGGUCACCACAUCGGGGAGCGCGCGCACGUCAUAGAGCGGGAACAGAACGUGUUCUCCGGGGACGCGGAGGAGAGGCAGGAGUUCAUCAACCUCGAAGAGGAGGAGGCCGAUGACUUCGACAGAGAGUUCCAAGAGCGUGCGGGCGCACUGCGGGCGCGCGGCCGCGCGGCGCUGCCGCCCGCGCACGCGCCGCGCCUCGCGCUGCCCGCGCCGCCCGCGCCCGCGCCCCUCGCGCCCCUCGCGCCCGCCGCGCACUCCAGCGCCGGCGAGCGCCGCCACCGCCUGCAGCCGCGCCGCCCGCUGCGCGCCGCCGCCAGCCCGCUCGCGCUGCCCGCUUCCAGAUAUUGGAGGCGCCGAUACUACUACUAAUAGAUAUAGUAAUUUAUCUCCGGCGUGCGUGAGGUCUACGGCGGAUCCCACCCACAGAGACACAGGCACAAGCACCACAGACACAGGCACUCGCCCAUAGACAACUAAAUCUAUGCGACUUUGAGCGGUAACGACAAUUUCAAACGUGAAUCUGAAUGUUGUGACUAUAAAUCUGAAUUCUUUGUCUACCACCUACCUUAGUGCUUCGUAAUCGAGAUUAAUUAGAAUAUUUACAUAUAAUAGUACAUCUUUGACAUAGAGUAACUAUUUAUCAGAGUUGCAACGAAUAUUCGUCUAUUGUUUUUGGGCUUAGUUAAUUCGGCGUAAUACCAAAUACUGAAAAAUAAACACUGUGCCGAAUACCACAAAGGUCUCUCUUAAGGACCGGAUAAUUUAAUAAGGCUAUAUUUACUCAUUGCAACUCUUACGAAACCAUUUUACAGCCACCUAGCGGCCAUGACAAAUUCUCUAAAUAUAGAUUUCGAUUAGUUAAAAAACGUAGUUUGUAAUAAAAUCUCAGGAAACUAUACAUGCAUAGGCCUUUACGCUGCUGGUUUUUAACUCGUUAUGAGAAUUGUCUUACACAAAAUUUAAGACGAAAUGACGUUUUCUCCAUCUUCUCCUUCAGAAAAUAUGAUGUAUAAAAAUUUUAACAUUUAUACAUAUUUUUUGUCUAACUUAAUUGGUGAUUUUAUAUCAAUCCAAUAAAAAAUCAUAGUAAUGGAAUUUCUAGAAGAUGGUACACGAAACGGUUAGCAAAAUAUCUUUUUUUGACGUCGUUACCGCUCAUACUGCGUGUAUAUUAUACGGUUGACAAAAACAAUUAAUAGUAGCAAUUAACACAAAUCCUAGACUUAUAGCCCGUUUACAUUUAAUGAAACAUGAAUCUUAUAUUCUUCCACCGUUAAAAUGUAAAACUACUAAAAUUUCCAGUUUUUUUUUUAAAAUUAUUAUUAUAAGUAAAUAUUUUCGUAUUAAAAGUAGAAGCUUAGAUGUUUAAAUUUAGAACUACGUCGCGUUAUUGCAUCUUGAGUAUGUAAGAUAACUCAGUAAAAAAUAUAAAAAAUGUUUUUUUUUUUUUUUUUAAAUAAUUUUUGUGAUACUGGCACAAGGGAUAAUAAAUGAGACUUAUUAAUAAGUGUCCUAUUUGCCCGCCUAAUUUCCUACUAUUUAUAACACAAUUUGUCUCGUUCUAAAGAUGCGAUAUAUAGUAGUCAUUUCCUUUACUUCGGCAGGAAUAAAUAAUAUAUAUGUUUAUUUCAUUGGUACUUUUUGCUAUUAUUUUUAGUUUUAAAAAUGUUUAAUGUAAAUUUAAGGGUCAGCGAGAAUACCGACUGCUGAAAUGGACCGGCUGCUCAAUUUCAAAGAAACAAAAUUGCGUUUUAGUAUGCUCUCGUGUUCUGAAUGAUUUUCCUAUCGACAAAUAAAAUAUUUUCUCACGUGCGGAUUGUAUACAUAAAAAAAACCGUCUGUAAAUAGAACGUGAUUUUCAUCGACCAAAGAAAAUGGGUCCUUGAAAUCGUUUCUUACUUCUGUCCAAGAAACUCAGAUAAGAAAAUUUUCUUCUUAAGUUUUAGACGACGGUGAUUUAUCGUUCAUAUAGUAUUUGUAAUCUUAAAUGUGACGAGAGCGAAUAACUUUGAUGUAGUAUAUUGUAUCAUUAACUAUUAUUAUGUCGAAAAUAAUAUUAUAUUCCAAAACGUUUCUUUAAUACUGGAAAUAUAUUUUCGCCCUUAAAUUCGCCGACAUUAUAAAAUGAAAUGUCGCAAUGAACUUGACUCACCAAGCCUCAUGAUACGAAUGGGUCAAAUGUUAUAACAUAAAUCUUAUACAUUUUAAACUUUUUGAAUUAAAAAAAAAAAGUUCAAAAUGUAUAAGCGCCACAAACGACAGAUUGACUUAAAUUUUGAUUAUGAUUUUUUUUUUUUAUAAUAGUCAUUAUUUUACAAGAUAAUAUUUGAUCCAUUUAUAUUAUUAUUUUAUGUAUAAGUAUGUUUAAGAAUAUAUAGUUAAUAGUCGUGUAAUCUCUUAGUGUAUUUUAUGGAAAUUUUAGUAUCCCGUGAUUUCAAGAUGGCACAAAGUAGACAAGGGUGCUGGACAAGCGAAUCGCCCAUUCCUGAAUUAAAUUAUUUUUAUUUUAUAUGUGUUUUUUAAGCUACUCUGUAUAUUCAGAUACGUAUUGCGAUUUUCUUUUGUUUAAUAGAUGAAGCUGUUUAGUGAAUUAAUACAAGAUUAUCUUUAAUGUAAAAAAAAAUCUAGACAUUUCUAUGUAAAUUUGGAAAUGGUAGUUCUGAGAUAAUUGUUUCUCUUAUUCUGAACGAACGCGGAAUUUCGUAACUUGGUAAUCCUAUGAAAAUAUUUUUAGAUGUAAUAUUGAUGUUAGCGUAAGAGAACCAACAAUUCUUAUUAUUCGUGUGAUCCUAAAAAUAAAUCGGUAGCUAAGAAAA